GGCCGCGCGACAGCCGCGCUUGGCGGCACCGUGGCAACCGCGGCGGACAGACGCCCCGGGGGAAUACGGCCGGGGGCUGGGGCCUGAUUUGCUUUACGGCACUGCCCGCACUGAAGCAUCCAGAGCUCAGGAACCAAGGUCUAUCACGAGGGGAACGGAAGGACGACGGGGUCGGAGGGGCUUGCUUUACGGCAACAGCGGGAGGCGAGCGGCUAUGAGAGACGGGAGGAUUUGGGCAGUUUUUUGCGACAGUGAGUGGAAGAAACGCCCGCCGCAGGCGUAUUUGCGACGAAGGCGCGCUAGCGCCCGAAUACACUUUGCGACAUCGCGCGGCGCCGAGGACCCAACCCUUGCCGGGGAAAGACCUAGUCAAGCCUUCGCGUUAACACAACGAGUCGUGGCUUCCCUUCCCACUGCACGCCUUAAAGCGAUAUAAACGUUGUUUGGGGGACAGACAAAAGGCAGUGUUAUAAAUCCAAGUCUCAGUCCUCCAGAAGACCGACACCGGAAAUGUCGCAAUCCAUCCACGCAUCACGCCUCUCCUCGGCCUAGUCCCGCACCUUUUGUCGCAACCUCCCCCGCCCCCACCCCACCCACUUUGCAUCACCACCGCUGCUACGAGGCGCAGGGAGCUGACGGGGGCUGGGGGGGGGCAGAGCCCGCGGCCGGUCCAGGACCAACUUGAGCUCCGAGCCACGGAGACCCUUAGAUUUAAAAAUCCCUAAUAAAGAGCCUUAGCGAUACCCCGACAGGUCAUCUCAAGCAACGGAGCUGCUAACUCCAAGAGGUCACCGGAGGGCGACUAACAGAAGCCCGACCCUACUCAGAGGACGCCGCUGAGGUGGCAGGGCCCCCGGGUUAUGACGUCACAAGGCGGCUCGCCCCCUGGCCAGGCCCCUCGACUCUGAUUGGUGGAUUCGGAGCAGGGCGAUGAUGGAGAAGGGCGGGAACAAAUCACAGAGACAAAGAAAGCCUUUGGGUGUGACAAUUAGAGAAGGGCGUGCGGAGGGGCUCCCGGGCCGGGGCCGGCCGAUAGUCUUGUUUUCACCGGCUCCAGCGCGGCGCCCCGGAGCGGAGGCGGAGGCGGUCCGCUCUGACCCGGAGCCCCCAGCGCCCCGCCCACCGCGGGGGGGGCAGGGCCAGGGGGCGGGGCUAUGUGGAGCCGGGCGCCCGGGCGGAGUAAUUGAAGCGGCUACCGAGCGGAGCCAUGGAGAAGCCCGAGUCUCUCGCGUCUGUCAGUGCGGAAUCCCCUCGCGGGGUUCCUAGGGCAAUACCUGGAGGUGUCAGAGGUAUACGAACUGACACCGGACUGCCCUCCGGGGUAGCCUUGUUUCGCGGUACUGGCCCCCUCUCGCAUUCCGGGGGCACUGUCAUUCGCAGUCCCGGGCCAAUCCGGCACUCGGAAGAGGCAGUGACCCUCAGUUCCGGACCCUGUCCGCAACUCAGGGAGGUUGCAGGCAGUAGUCUUGGGUCCAGCAAAUCCCCUGGUACUGGAACUGGUGCAACUAGGGCGUCCAUCCCUGGGCCGGGGGAGCCUAAAGUGUACAGCUCGGAGAGUAGUCCACAGUCCGGGUCAACUUUUUUGCACUCUCAAAACUUUGAGGAGCGGCCCCGGAGCAUCCUAAAAAACAGCAGCUCCAUCUUGAUGAAGAAAACCUCCAGUGCGGAGAAGAAGUCUCAGCGCUGGGAUGAAAUGAACAUCUUGGCCACCUACCACCCUGCUGACAAAGACUAUGGCUUUAUGAAGGUGGAUGAGCCCAGCACCCCCUACCACAGGCUGCAAGACGAUGAGGACCUGACUGCCGGGUCUUCUCCCAAGGUGACCCCUGAAUCGCUGUCAGAGAGGUUUGCCACAAUGGACAAUUUCCUUCCCAAGGUCCUCCAGUAUGGAGAUAACAAAAACUCCAAGGCUGUGGACAACUUUGCCAAGACGCACUCCAGUGAUUUUGACAAGCACCGAAAGAUACAUUACAAUGAAGGGAAGUUCCUGAAGACCCUGAAAAACCUGCCCUUGACCAAUGAGGACGAUAGCAGCGGCGGCGGCGGCGGGUCUAGUGCCAGCAUCGGCAGCAGUAAUCAAAGUGUGAUGAUGGACCCGAAGCCCAGGCCUGUGGAGAAAGGCUGGCCAGGAAGACCGGCCCCAGGAGUCAAAACUGAGACUGUCCUGGUGACUGACAGCCGUGGCCUAGACACCAAUGAUUCUGCUGCUUUCAGAAACCAGUUCCCCUCAGCUUCAGACUCGACCCUCAGGGAGCAGACUGCCCUACAGCGUAAGGAGUAUUACAGUAAAGGAAGAUACCUGAGGUCCUGUUCCCACCCGGAGAUCGGAGAGGACAUAGAAGAUGAAGAGAUGAGCAGUGCCCCUGCCCUCGUCUCAUGUUACUUCCAGGUUCUUCAGGUCUGGGUUACUGAGAAUCCCAAAGGCACUUCAGGUCCUAUUGGAAGUGGCAUGGCUUCCAGCUGUUGGGCUAAGGGGCUGAGAGGCCGAAGUCCAGGGAGUUCAGAAAAGGAACGUGGUGGAAGUAACCAGAACCCUCUGAACUGGACCGGGUGCAGAUGUGAGCCUGGGCAGACGCAAAGGGGUCCUUGUACUGACCAGGGAGGCAUUGGGAUUUAG